UUGUAUUUUUUUGUUUACCAAUAUUUCUAAAAUUUGUGUUGUUGUCGAUGCGCAGAAUAUUUGUGAUUGUGUUUUGAUUAUGAUCCAUGUUGUUCAUGCUUGGCACCAACAAUUUUAAUAUAGGAUAGUUUUAUGCACAUUUGAUUGGGUGAUUGCUCAUUAUAACUGAGUGGUAUUUCAUGUUUAUAAUUUUGAGAAAAGAAAUGCCGAAGAGAAAAACACAGAGCAGCGAGAGCCAACCCUAUCAACCUCGGAAACGAGCAGGGAAGCAACCGCCUCUCCUAGAGCCUCCUUCAGCCCCUUCGACUACUGAUUAUCCUGAAGUUCAGAUGAAUCUGGCACCUGAACUGCCCCAGUCCAUCCCUGGUCCUUCUUACACACUUGGUGCACAGGAAACUCCCCCUGUGGAGCCGCUACCUCCUCACCAACUGCAAGACCUGGCGGAGCGGAUAUCCACCAUCUUAAAAGACAGAGGGAGUCCUCAGUCGCAGGAAGAAGAUACUAGAAUUUGGAUUGUGGGUUCGUCCAUUAUUAAGAGAGCCUUUUGUCAGACAAGGCAUUCAAUAUUUCAAACUCACCUCGAGCUAGAAAGGCAUCGGGCAACAAUUUUCUGGCAGGGUAAGGGUGGAAUGAAAUGGGGGGAAAUUCUGCCGAAAAUCAAGUGUUUACUAAAAGUAGAGGACCCACCCAAUUUCCUCGUAUUGCACUGUGGGGGCAAUAACAUACCGGGUGAUAAAGGUGAGAAGUCUGUUGAUUUAAGACUAAAAAUCAACAACACCUUGGUCAGUUUGGCCAAGCUGUUGCCCGACACUGUUUUGGUUUGGUCACAGAUACUCCCCCGCCAGCACUGGCGAGGCGGUGUUGACCAAGAAGCAAUGGAUAUGGUCAGAAAACGGUUAAACAGUUUUGUUGCAACCGCCUUAAUCCGCACAGGGGGGAAAUAUAUUCGAUAUCCAGAAAUUCAGAUCGAUUGUCCGCACUUGUUUGCCCCUGACGGAGUUCAUCUCUCUGAACUUGGUAACCAAUUUUUCUUGUACCGCCUCCAACAAGCUUUGCAGACUUUUAUUACAAAACCCACUGAAAAAGUGUCACCAAAAUUGGGAGAGUUUGGGCCAUGGCUGUGCUAUGACUAGUUAACGGGUCAUAGUCUCAGUCACAAAUUUGUAGUGGCUGCAUUGAUUAUAUUAUUGCUCCUGACUUAUUUGCACUUAUAUACCCAGUCAGUUUGAUAUUGGCAGACAAUGAUCUUGCCUAUGAUGCACUUCUGUUAUGUAUCUGAAAGUGAUCAAUAUUUGAUCACUAGUUAACCUUUUGCUGAUUACCUUUUUAUUUUUAUCUAAAGUUCAUUUUUCUGUGGCGAUGGGGGCGCUUAUUUAUUUAUUUAUUUUUUUUUUUACUACUGGUGGCGCAGACUAUGCCAUAGCAUUUGGCAUAGUCUCGUGGCAGCUUUUAGGCUUACCAGUAGUAUCAUUGGACUUGGUUAUAACUAAUAUGUGCUUAUCUUGACAGUAUGUAAUUGUGAACAUCUGUUCCCAGGGUUCACCAUUUUUGCAUUUUUAGGGAUGCCAUACAAGGCUAUAUAUUGAUGCCUCGGCUCCCUCACUUAAACGGCCAUGGCCCAUUCAGCCAAUAAAAAGAAUUCAGUAUGAACUAGCUAAUUCUUCCUUUUUUAUUAUUUAUUGGGUAUACUGGCACUCCCUUAUUUUAACUUUCAUCUUUGAUAAUAGGAUUUCACCAUUUAAGGUUAAAUCCAUUUAUCAAAGUGAACGGACAAUAUUUUUCCUUUUUUUAUAAAAUUUGGUAAUUUGAGCUUUAAUGACUUUGCGCGCGAAAAUUAGUGAGAACAUCAUGAAUUGCUGACGUCAUUAUAGUACGCAUUUACAUCAUCAGUCAAAGCAGAAGAUUUUACCCACCCUCCCACCCUCUUUAACUAGCAUUUUCGGUUAUUGAAUAUAAAAUUUUUCAUAUUAGUUGUGAUUUUGUUACACCUUUUCUGCUGUUAGAUUUGUUGUAUUUACAGGUUGUGUUGCUUUUGAUCUUGCUGAGUAAAUGUACUGUCUUCAUCAAUCCCAUCGUCAUGGCCGUUUUUCCCAUCUUCUUCACCAAAGUCUGAGACGCCUCAAAGUGUGGAUGCAGCUUUUAGGCUUACCAGUAGUAUCAUUGGACUUGGUUAUAACUAAUAUGUGCUUAUCUUGACAGUAUGUAAUUGUGAACAUCUGUUCCCAGGGUUCACCAUUUUUGCAUUUUUAGGGAUGCCAUACAAGGCUAUAUAUUGAUGCCUCGGCUCCCUCACUUAAACGGCCAUGGCCCAUUCAGCCAAUAAAAAGAAUUCAGUAUGAACUAGCUAAUUCUUCCUUUUUUAUUAUUUAUUGGGUAUACUGGCACUC